GAGACUAUUCAAUAGGAGAUAAUUCAGUAGGUGAAGGCUCAGGAGAUGAUUAUGCAUUAGAAGACGUACUUGCAUUACUCACAAAGCCUGAAACUCUAAGCGCUGCUGGUGAUAUACUAAGUAGUGUUAUCGAAUCUGGAAAGGCUGGAGAUAUUGCAAACCUCGCCGUGGAAGCUCUUGGCGCUGUCUUAAAGCCUAAAGACGGAGGAGCUGGAGGUGCUGGUGCUGCCCCUCCGCCAGCUGGAGGAGCUGGAGGAGGAGCCGGAGGAGAUGAUUAUGCAUUGAACGACUUACUUGAGGUCGCCACCAAACCUGAAACUCUUAAAGGAGCUGCUGAUGUUCUUGGUGCAGUGGUUGAAUCUGGAAAGGUUCCAGAUCUUGUAAAUUUUGCCGUAAAGGCUCUUGGAGCUCUGCUGAAGCCUGCUGAAGGGGGAGCUGAUAAAAAUGUUGAAGAAGCUGACGUAAAUCCUCCAAUUCCUCCUGUAACAGGUGGAAAGCGCGGGAACUCUGGAAAUAGAGGAGGUAAAAAUGCUCCUGAUACUCCUGAUGCUGCUGAUGCUGCUGAUGCUGCUGAUAACCAGGACGGUUCUGGGGAGGGUUCCGGUGCUAAUGCAUAGAAUUCUAAAGAAGACCGGGGCACGAAACUCUCUGAAUUUCUCGUGAACCUAAUGUAAUUUUAAUUAUAUAAAUAUAAAUAUAUAUUAGCUGAUUGUUCUGUUUA